CGAGGGAGGCGAGGGAGGGAGCAGUAGUUUCUUCCUGGGCUUGUUGUUGUUGUUGCUGCUGCUGCUGCUGCGAUGGAGGAGGGCCUGGUCCGCGCCUUCGGGGGCCUGAGCCUCCAUCGGGGCCAAGGCAAGGGCCCCCCUCGCGCCAGGCGCCGCUUCAGCAAGAGCCUCUACUUGCUCAGGGGCCUCCCCGGCUCUGGCAAAAGCACCCUGGCCAGGCAACUGAAACAUGAAUUUCCCAGUGCGAUCAUUUUUAGUACUGAUGACUACUUCAUCACAGAGGAUGGGACCUAUGAAUAUGAGCCUGAUGAUCUAGAAGAUGCACACAAAUGGAACCAGAAAAGAGCACGUAAAGCAAUGAAGAAUGGGAAAUCCCCAGUUAUUAUUGAUAAUACCAACAUCCACGCUUGGGAAAUGAAGCCAUAUGUGAUAAUGCUAUUCAUGUUAGUGAAUACAUAUGGCAUGAUUGUGCAAGACAGAAGUCUACAUAUUUGCAGUUCAGCACUUGAAAACAACUAUGAAGUUAUAUUUCGAGAGCCAGAUACACACUGGAAAUUCAAUGUUCGGGAACUAACCAGACGGAAUAGUCAUGGUGUUCCACGGGAGAAGAUACAGCGGAUGAAAGAACGUUAUGAACAUGACGUCACAUUUCAUAUUGUGCUUCAUUCUGAAGAACCACCCAGACCUUUCAUUGGGUCCUAUGGCAUGUACAGUGGUGGAGGCCGUUCCCAACUAAAUCCAGCAUUCCCAAGCCAAAGGGCUAACAGGACCUCUGCAAAUGGAAGACAGUUUAGCCAGAGAAGUUAUUUCUCUUACUAAAUUGAUGAGUUUUUACUGAAUUAUGUAAAAUUUUAAAAAUAUUUUGCUCAAUUUUUAUCUUUAAAUAUUUGUAUUUUUCUAUUGAACGAGAUUGGGUUUCAAAUCAUUCCUUAUUUUCUUGGGUGUUUAAAAGCCUCAAAUACCCAUCUGAUAUAUUCAUGGUUGGAAUUAAUUGUUGAUAAGAAGCAGAAAUGAUGUAUCAUGUAAACCACCAUUAAUGAAUUUAAUAUAGUUCAACUAUUAAAUGUCAGAGAACAAUUCUAUACUAAGUUAAGUCCCACUGAAUUAAAAUGGGAUUGGUGAUUAGAUAAGUAUUUUUAGGAAUACAACCCAUCCCUCCUGAUUUCCUUCAAUACUCUUUUCUUCCCAGUGGUAGUACUUGCUUCUGCUUGCGAGGCAAUGUAUCCCCAACCUGUUUUACAGUUUUAAUGUAGUUUUACAGCCUUGGUUAGUCAGACUUAAUUGAAAUUAGUCAAACUGGGGAAGGUGAAGACAAAAAUUAAUUUAACUAACUGCCAUUGGUCUGAAUUGGAACCAAGUACAUCUUAGUGUGCCUACAAAAAGGCAGUUUCUAUAACAUCAAGAUUUUUAGGUGCUUUAUAUGUGUUACACAUUCCUCUUUCCCAGGACCAAUGUCUGCCUACAUUCCUGAUUGUUUACUUUUGUAGCUCUGAAUCCUACUGUUAAUCUCAAAUAAAGUAGACCUAUUGAAUUAAUGCAUUUUAAAAAUCUACAUUAAAUCACAAUUUAAGUGUUGAUCAAGCAAGCUUACUCUAGUUGUGAUGAACAAGUAGAUUCAGGCCAUAGUAUUUUAUUUUGAGUUCUCUGCUUUUCAGUUUGUCACCUGCUUUCUCUGCCAUCCAUACAAAUUUGCUUGCUUACUGACACCAGUCAGGAGCUCUUGCUUGUUGGCACUGCUUACCCUAAUUUUUCUUAACCAACACAGGUAAUUCCCUCUCAGCACCCCAAACACCCAGUUGUUUGCAGCCAUAUGAACUACUCAGGGAGGUACAUAUCUGCAACCAUUUCCUCAACACCACAUUGUGUGUCUCUUCCUUCUUUAAACAAACGAGGUAUAUCUCAGCUUUUCAGUGCAGUAGCAUAUAGUAAAGGUUCAUAGGUAAGAGAACAUUGUAAUGUUGAGAUCAGGGAUUAACUAAAAAAAAAAAAAGCCUAAAUCAUUACUGAACCUGUUAGACCUGCUUCAUUAAAGUUCAACUGCUGAGUAUGUUGCGUGCAUUCUUGCUGUCAAAACUUUUCCUUAACAAGUCUCAUUGUCUUUUGUCUCCUCCUUUCAUUAUCCUCACAUAUCAAAAUGGAUGCCUUAUAUAUUCGCUUAGUCUUAGCCACCAUGUUAGAGGUGGGUACUUGUGGUCCUCUUGAUGUUGGACCAAAACUCCUACCAGCUGUCACCCUGGCCAAGAUGGCUGAGACUCACGGCAACUGAAAUAUACCAUCAUCUGGAGGGUCAUAAAUUCCCAACCCGCUGUCAAGUGAGGAACAAUUUUUUUUAAAGUGCAAUAUAUCAGAGUAGUAAGAUCAUACCCAUCAUUUCUGUAAAUGGUUGUAUAUUUUGGAGCAGUAGCAUAAUAAAUAAAUAUAUCUGAGGCAUUUGAUAAAAAUAAAUGAAGCCUGUAAUUAUGUUAAUAUUAGUGUUAUUUGAACUGAUUGAAUACAUUUCUAUAACAUUUCAGUAAAACAUAAAAUUGACAGUGAUUCUUAAGGUACCUUAAACUGUUUGGUAGUGGAACCAUUCUUUCUCUGAUCUUUAUUUUGAGUUGAAUUAUGUGCAAUAUACAAACAAAUCUGUACAAAUAUUUACAAUGUUUAACUGUAAAAAGUUAAUUUAAAUAUUAAAAUUUACAAAAAUGUACAGGUUCAUUUAC